ACAGAGAAUGCAGAGCAAAUGCCUGCCUCACUUGCGGGGCCGAACGGCGCACACGCGACGGGUGAGCCGACGAGCGGAAAUGCGAAUGUGACCGCGACCACGAUUCCAAGCGUUCCGCCUGCACCAGCAGAACCCAAGUUACCGACGCGGAAAGAUGCGUCGCUCAAGGAGUUUCUCAACAAGAUGGACGAGUAUGCGCCGAUUGUACGCGGACCCUCUUUCCUCCAGGAGAUACUGGGCGGGUGGAUGGAGAGAGUAUGCUAAUGCGAACGAACCCCCCCGUGGCGGACAGAUCCCGGACGCCGUGACCAACUACUACAUGACGCGCGCCGGCCUCCCGCCGCCGCCGCAGACCGACCCGCGGCUCGCGCGCCUCCUCGCGCUGGCGACGCAGAAGUUCAUUGCCGACAUCGCCGCCGACGCGUACCAAUACAGCCGGAUCCGCGCGAGCAACACGAAUGCCAACAACCCGAUGGGCAGCCUCGGCGCCGCCGCGGGCUUCCCCAUCCCAGGCCAGCCGGCGAACCAGCCCGGCGGCAAGGACCAGGGCCGCGGCGGCCCUCUGGGGAUCCAACGCCCUGGAUAUGGCGGCGGCGGCCAGGGGGGCAGCCAGAACCGCACGGUACUGACCAUGGAGGAUCUGGGCAUGGCGGUGGGCGAGUUUGGCGUCAACGUCAAGCGGAGCGAGUUUUACCGUUGAGGAGGCUUCGUCUGGAUGGAGGAGACGGGACUUCUAUUCUGUUUUAUUCGGCGUCCUUGUUUGUCCUUGUUUCGGCGUGGGUUUCUGGAGAAGGGCGGGGCGCAUAUGACUUGGCGUCAAUGGUCGGAAUUUGAAAUGCUU